AUGCCUUGUUGUUUGCUUCAAGUUGUGGUGAUGUGCGGUCGAUCCCUGAGUUUGGGUCUCGCAUUCACUUGGCCAUUUCGUACUCAAACUCCCGAAGAGCCUGAAGAUACACAGACUAUCACCAGACAACUGUUCACUCGUUCCCUAUGGUACAUUGUGCACGGUGAGUUUGCUCAGGCGGAUCGCGAAUUGCACCAGUUGCUCACACAUUUGGCCGAAGCGCACCGACUCAACCAGAUUGACACCUCCACCUACGGAGAGCAGCGUGGUCGAGUCUGUUCUGAAUUGGCCAGUGUUAGUCUGAUAUUGCGCAAUUAUCCGGCCGCCGAAGCUCUGAUCAAACAGACCGUACAGGAUUGUGUACGUGCCGGACUGGAUGUGUCGGAUGCGGCGAUUGUGGAAUUGUCAUUGAAAUUAGCCCUAAUCUACGAUCGAAUGGGUCGUCCGGAAGAGAGCGCAAUGGGAUUUCGUUAUUGUAUCGGAACUCAGGAACGGAAACUUGCCUCCGGCUCCGUUAUAGAUCCGGACCAGUUGAAUAACGAGAAAGCCUUAUUGGGCAUGUCAUACAACUAUUACGCACAAUUUCUCUACUCUCAAAAUGAACUAACUCAAGCUUGUGAAUAUGCACAGAAAGCGCUGUCCAUUGCCCAACAACUCUAUCCGGACACACAUUCAAAUUGUGUCCACCUCGAAUCGGAUAUUGCCACCAUUUUGAUCGAGCUGAGUCGGUUGGACGAGGCUCGUACUGUGCUUCGUCGUGUAGUCGAUCGAUUCGCCCAAUCCGAUCUGGUUGACGCGCCUCUGGAAUCCGGUCCGCCCACGGAUGAAAUUCGGUGUCACUUUCUCACGCAGCUGCUCCAGGUCGAAGCGAUGUCCGGAGACCUCGGCAAAGCGAAAAAUAUGUAUGCAGAUGCAGAAAAAUCAUGCGCCAAGUUAUCCAAUACUUCUAACUUGCACGAACGAUUGCUUAAAUUGAAGCGCAUGUACAAUUUGUGA